AUGGAUACAGUGGCAACAACUGAAAAGAAGCCUCAUGUCAUCUUUAUUCCAUUACCUGCACAAAGCCAUGUAAAGGCCAUGCUCAAACUAGCGCAGCUUCUUCACCACAAGGGACCCCAAAUUACUUUCGUUAAUACAGAGUUCAUCCACGAGCGGUUGGUCAACUCUGGUGGUGCCCACACCCUCGAUGGCUCAGAUGGUUUCCGAUUUGCAACAAUUCCUGACAGCAUUCCUCGGAUUUCUGAAGAGGAACCUGCAGCACACCUGCUCCUUCAUCAUAUUGAAACUACCUUUUUAGCUCCUUUCGUUGAACUUGCAAUGAAACUUCCAACUCCACCAACUCUUAUCAUCUCUGAUGGCUUCAUAUCGGCUUUCACCAUUGAUGCAUCACAAGAGCUCGGGAUCCCUAUCAUGCUCUACUGUGUUGGUUAA